AUGGCGACUUUAGCAGACGAGCUAUUGAACGAUUUUGAGGAGUCUGGCUCUGAGGAUGAGAGCACACUCGCCAACACCUUGUUCCCCGACAAAGCUGCGGAAUCUGAUGCUGAUGGCUCUGCUAAAGUUCGAGGCGAAGGGAUGGAGCUUGACGGAGACGAAGAAGAAGUGAACGAUGAUGACGCAGAUGCGGAUAUCGCCAUGGACCCAACCGGGAAAUUAGACAAAGAGAUGGGAGAAGCGGACGCUACCAAGGCGAGGGUCGAGAAAAUGCGGUUCGGGACUGUGAGCGAUGUACGAAGCGUGGCGAGCUUAAUGAAAACGCUCCAACCGAUUUUAGAUAAAGUAUCUUAUUACCAAUCCCUUCCAUCGGAGAAAAGAACGACGUCUAUCGGCUCAAUCGAAGAUAAUCCAGAUUCAUCCGACCACAAGUUCAUCCGAGAUCACUAUUCUACUAGAUUUCCGGAGCUGGAAACUCUUAUCACAAACCCUCUGGACUACGCCAAGACUGUUGCAAUUUUACAGAAUGGGCCCCUUGACGAUAUCAAGUCUUUGUCAACCUCAACGGAUAAUCUGGUUGGCGCGACUCUGAGAUCCGUUCUUGAUGGACCUUCUUUAAUGAUCGUCGCAGUGGAGGGAACAACAACUCGAGGCCGGGAGUUGUCCCCAUCAGAACUCAAGACUGUCCUAGACGCAUGCAAAAUGAUGCUAUCACUUGAUCGAGCUAAAGGGAUCCUUACCGACUAUGUACAAUCGCGAAUGAAUGUCUUUGCACCGAAUCUAACGGUUCUCAUUGGAUCACUAACUGCUGCACAACUUCUAAACUAUGCUGGAGGUCUUACAGGGUUAGCGAAGACCCCUUCCUGUAAUAUCCCGCCAUUGGGAUCAAAAAAGCAAACAGGCACCGGCUUUGCAACUAAUGUUGGGGUGAGACACCAAGGAUUCUUGUACCACUCACCGAUCAUUCAGGAAAUCCCAAACGACCUGAAGCGGCAAGCGAUGCGUAUCGUGUCGGCAAAAGUGGUUUUGGCGGCUAGAGUCGACCGAGUGCAUAGCAGCCCGGAUGGAUCCACGGGUGAAGAACUGAAACAAGCCUGCUUGGAUCGUCUUGAGAAACUGACCGAGCCCGCUCCAAAUAAGGGACCACGUGCCUUACCUGCGCCUGAUGAUAAACCGUCUAGAAAACGGGGUGGACGAAGAGCGCGAAAGGCGAAAGAAGCGACAGCGAUGACAGAUAUCCGCAAAGCACAGAAUCGUUUGGCGUUUGGAAAGGAAGAAAAGGAAAUCGGAUACGGUACUGGAGAGGGUACGAAAGGGUUGGGUAUGCUUGGUCAAGAGGAUCAUGGCCGGAUACGUGCGAGCCAAAUCGACCAAAGAACCAAGGCUAAGCUCAGUAAAUCCAAUAAGGGAUGGGGAGCUGCAACGCCAAUCGGUGGAACUGCUUCAUCGCUUCGAGGCUUUGGACAAGCCGGAAAUGCAACAGUAUUGCGAGCACAGGGACUCCGUACUGCUGGGUGUUGGGACCAUCACUCGGCGCUGGUACUGGGAAUAGCUAGCUCGAUUGCCUUUUACCCCAGUCCAAGGGCUUAG